AGCUUGUCUCCGGUGGAGUGGUCGGUCCCGGCGCAGCAUCCAGCCCUCAGACCGGACGGUGCGCCGCUGAAGGAAGGAGCAGACUCACUGUCUCUGUGCAGAUUCAUCACUUUGCUUCCAGCGUCAGGUCGAAGGGCGGGAGCUCCGGCUGCUUUCUGGACAACAUCAGGUCUCUGAGUGUUUAACAAGUGGAAUUUAUCCGCAGGAGAGCGCAGAGGAGGUCUGGAGGAUGAACCCACCGUGUGCCCGCUGUGGGAAGAUCGUCUACCCGACGGAGAAAGUCAGCUGCCUGGACAAGAACUGGCACAAAGGAUGUUUCCACUGCGAGGUUUGCAAGAUGACCCUGAACAUGAAGAACUACAAAGGCUACGACAAGAAACCCUACUGCAACGCACAUUACCCCAAGACAUCGUUCACCAUCGUGGCCGACACACCAGAGAACCUGAGACUGAGACAGCAGAGCGAGCUACAGAGCCAGGUGAAGUAUAAGAAGGACUUUGAGGAGAGUAAAGGUCGAGGGUUCAGCAUCGUGUCCGACACUCCAGAGAUGCAAAGACUCAGAAAGACUCAGGAGCAGAUCAGUAACGUAUGUGGACACACACAUGUUGUAUAUAUAUAUAUAUGUGUGUGUGAGUGUGUGUAUGUGAUGUGUAUGAGGGGGUGCACUUUGGUCAGUGAACACACACACACACACCAUCAUCUCCGAGCCCUCCAGUGUUGCCGACACCAGCCGUUUGAAGAGGAGCUUCCUCCACAGCCGUCAGUGUAAGUGAGCCUGAGCUUUAACCUGCUGAAACCAAGGAAAGUAACUUUAUUACAGGAUCAGAGAGAAGAAAUGUUUUCAGUUAUUCAGACAAAGGUAGAAAAAUAAAGAAAGAUAAAGAUUUAAUGGAUCAAGU